AUGUCUUGCUGUGCUUUACAAAUCACUGGCCUGGUAUUUGGAGGUGUGGGCAUGAUUGGGACUUUGGCAACCACAGUUAUGCCGCAGUGGAGAGUUUCUGCCUUCAUUGAGGGCAACAUUGUAGUGUUCGAGACCAUUUGGGAAGGAUUAUGGAUGGACUGCAUCAGUCAGCUCGGCAUCAGGCUGCAGUGCAAAUUCUAUGACUCCCUCUUGGCGCUUUCCCCAGCCUUGGAGGUGUUCAGAGCCCUCAUGUGCGUUGCCGUGGGGCUGUCAAUCAUUGCCUUUUUGAUGGGCAUUGCUGGUGUGAAGUACACCCACCGAACCAAGGAGAAUCCCCAGGGCAUCAGUAUCUUCGUGCUGGCAGCUGGAAUUGCUUUUCUGCUGACGGGUGUCCUUGUUCUGAUCCCGGUGUCUUGGACUGGCGGUAGCAUUAUACGUGACUUCUAUGAUCCAAAAGUCCCUGCACCACUGAAGCGAGAACUAGGAGCUGCCCUCUACAUAGGCUGGGUGAGCUCUGCACUUCUUAUUGCUGCAGGAACAAUGUAUUGUACCUUCUGGUGUUUGGCUGAUACAUCCCAAAAAUCCAGGUAUCCUUCGUCUUCUCAUCACAGGUGGCACAAACGUGACUUUGCAGGAGGAAAGUCCCUAGGCAUGCAUGCCUAUGUGUGA